UUCCCCUCCCUUCUCCACCUCCUCCUUCCUCCUCCUCCUCCUUCUUUCCUUUAAGCCCCCACCGGGUAGUACCGGCUCCGCCCGGGGAGGAGGGAAGCGGCGGGAGGCGGCGGGAGGCGGCUCCAUCCCGGCCCCCGCCCGCCCGCCCCCGCCGCUCCCGCGCAGCCUCGCCGGGGGAGGCAGGAGCGCCGCGCCCGAGACGCCCGCGGUGAAUAUGGCCCUGGCAGGGAAGCCUUUAGACGUGACUCUCAACACCUCCAGAGCUGACCAGUGGAAUAUGGUUUUUCCCCAGAAAGACGAAAUCAUCACCAGCUUAGUGUCUGCCUUAGACUCCAUGUGCUCGGCGCUCUCCAAGCUGAACGCAGAGGUGGCCUGCAUCGCCGUCCACGAGGAGAGUGCCUUCGUGGUGGGCACCGAGAAGGGACGGGUCUUCCUCAGCGCCCGCAAGGAGCUGCAAGCUGACUUCCAGAAGUUUUGCAGAGUCCAGCAGAGGAAGGAGCAGGACGUGGAGGCGCAGAAGAAGGCCAAGGAGUGUGGGCGAAGCGUGCUCAGGGUCUCCCCGGACCAGGGAUCAGACGUGUACCUCCUCAGGAAGAUGGUAGAGGAAGUGUUUGAUGUGCUUUAUAGUGAAGCCGUGGGGAAGAGCAGCGUGGUCCCUUUGCCCUACGAGAGGUUCCUGAAAGAGCCAGGCUCGCUGGCGGUGGCCGGCUUGCCUGAGGGGAUCAGCUUUAAGAAACCCAUGGAGUACGACGUGAAAUCCCUGAUGGCCAUCCUAGAGCACAGCCACAGCAUCCGCUUCAGGCUAAAAAGGCCAGCGGACGAGCCCAGCCGAGAGCCGAACCCCAGCGUCGAGUUGACUUGUACCUCCCUCGCCUCCAAGGGCGGCCGAGACUCUAGUGCCAACGGCCCCAUGGCCAAACCCGCCGGCCAGGACGCCCCCUCCGCCGUCGCCGUCACCAAUUUCUUAUACGGCGUCUCGCUGCCGACCCAGAUCGCCGUGGACCUAAAGCAAGAGGUGUCCUCCGGCCUGCCCGGGCCGAACGCGGCCGGCGAGGUGCUGCUGCCCAGGCCCGCGGGAGAGCUGAAGGUGCCUUCCUCACAGGAGUACAGCGACUGCUGUGGACAGAAAUCAUCGGUCUCCGGAGGUCCCCUCAUCCAGAACGUGCACUCGUCCAAGCGCAUCCUCUUCUCCAUUGUCCACGACAAGACAGAUAAGUGGGACAGUUUUAUAAAAGAAACUGAAGAUAUCAACACCCUUAGGGAGUGCGUGCAAAUUCUGUUUAACAGCAGAUAUGCUGAAGCCUUGGGGUUAGACCACAUGGUCCCCGUCCCAUACCGGAAGAUUGCCUGCGACCCCGAGGCGGUGGAAAUCAUUGGCAUCCCAGACAAAAUACCCUUCAAAAGACCUUGCACCUACGGCGUCCCCAAACUCAAGCGGAUACUGGAGGAGAGGCACAACAUCCAUUUUGUCAUCAAAAGGAUGUUUGACGAGAGAAUUUUUACAGGAAGCAAAUUUACCAAAGAUCCAACCAAGCUGGAGCCCUCCAGCCCCCCUGGGGAGAUCUCCCCCGAGCCACACCGCGGGGCCGUGCUGGACCUGGCAGGGACCUCUCAGGCCAACAGCAGGUCCGAGAAGUGUAGUGCUUCUGAAAGCUGUGAACCAGGUACCUCAGGAGAACUGGGUGGGAUCAGGCAGAUCAAAAUCGAGCCGGAUGAGCUGGACAUCAUCCAGAUCACUGUGCCAGACCGAUCGCCUGGUUCAGAUGAGAUGCACGACCCGGUGCCCACACACAUGGCCUCGGAGGAGACGAACUACAUCCUAGAAACGGUAGCAGCAGGGACGGAGAAGGGGCCCAGCGAGGAGUCACGACAUGAAGAAAAGCAGAUGGAGGGAUCAGAUGGUAUAGGGGAUGUUUUAAGUCAUUUGAGGAAACAAGUUGAAAUUUUGUUCAACACGAGAUACGCAAAAGCCAUAGGAAUAUCAGAGCCGGUUAAAGUUCCCUACUCCAAGUUCCUGAUGUACCCCGAGGAUCUGUUCGUUGUGGGCUUGCCAGAGGGCAUCCUCCUGCGGCGCCCCAACUGCUUUGGGAUCGCGAAGCUGAAGAAGAUCCUGCAAGCGAGCAACAACAUCCAGUUUGUCAUUAAAAGACCGGAGCUGCUGGCGGAGGGCAUAAAGGAGCCAGCGUCGGACAGCCCGGCAGCCAAAGCUGCCGGCGAGAGGGACUCGAGUGAGGUGCUGCUGGAGGACACUGUGAAGAGACAGGGCUUUCAAGAAAAUUAUGAUGCCAGGCUUUCCAGAAUAGACGUUGCUAACACGCUGCGGGAACAAGUCCAGGACCUGUUCAAUAAGAAAUACGGUGAGGCCUUGGGGAUUAAAUACCCCGUGCAAGUGCCAUACAAGCGGAUCAAGAGCAAUCCAGGGUCAGUGAUUAUAGAGGGGCUGCCCCCCGGGAUCCCCUUCAGGAAGCCAUGCACCUUCGGCUCGCAGAACCUGGAGAGGAUAUUGGCUGUUGCUGAUAAAAUCAAGUUCACCGUGACGAGGCCUUUUCAAGGACUCAUCCCCAAACCCGAGGAGCAUUAAAAUGACAGCAAUAGUUACUCCCAAGCAGGAUGGCAUUGCAAAGGUCUCUAAAAGCUGGAAAGCCCAGGAGAUGACUCUAUAAAUAUAAGGGAAGUCAUGGGUUUUGUGGAUCAUUUUGACCAAAAAUUACAUGAAAAGUACACAUUUUAAGGGAUAUUUAAUUCUUUUUAAAUCAUUUUGGGGUGAUUUUAGUUGCUUUUAGGUUAAAUUACAGGGUUUAGUUUGCUAUAAACAAGUCGUGCACCUCCUGCAUUGCGAAGAACAUCCCACAUCACUGCAGGACUGUGGACAACCAGCCUCCUUAUCUCUCUCUUUUGGGGACACCCAUUUUUUAAGUGAGACUGAAACAGAUAAAAGGAUUUCAAUAUAAUCUGAGCGCCUCAUGCGCUUUUUUUCUCAAGAUAAUCUAUAAUUUCUCUGUUGAGAUGAUAUCUCCCCUCUAAUGGGUCGCAGUGUGUGUGGGGGGGUGAUGCUGCCGGCGCAGAGGCAGCUGGGGGUGCGUGCCUGCAGGGAUGCUGUUUGCAGAAGGUGUUUAUCUGGGGGGAAUGAGGCUGUUUUUUGGAGAAAUAAAGCCAGUGGUGGUCCCCAGUGCCUGGAGGAGGUCAGUGGCUGCAACCCCCUUCUGCAGUGCGGAUUUGCAGCCUUUCAAAGGUGGGACGAUGGCCCCGAGGUCGCCGGUGCCUCUGCCAGCACUUUACCCAUAUGGCUUCCUGGGGGCUUUAACCUGGGAGCACAAGCCUCCUGGUAUCCAGAGAUUUUCCUUUUGAUUUCCAGUUUCUUUUCUCCCCACCGCUGGUCUCUGCUCUGUGGAAAAAGACCUUCAAAACCCCUUUUUGAAAGCAGAGUGAUCUUUCGGCAUUAGAACAGAAGUGAGCGA